GGAUGUUAAGGCCGUUAAUCGGCUUAGGUCGGCUGCCACUCGGGCGCGCACGUGUUCGGCCGUUCCUCUCGGGAAGGCUCUUUUUGCGGGGUGAGACGACCCUUGUAGAGAGCACAGAUGUGGUCAAGAACGAGGGGUUGCCAGACGUCCCUCAUCUGGAACCCCCGGGGAGGAAAGACGCGUGGUUAUAUGUCUCCGGAGUAUUUCCGAUCCGGUUCGCUUGGUGGGAUAUACGAUACCUCAUCGCUCGCGUCGAAAAAGAAGACAUCAUCGACCAGAUCACAGCACUGAUAAACGACUGCACCGCACAUAACUUCCAGGUGCUCGAGGUCGACGCAGCGCAGAAAGACGGUGGCGUGUUCGUACACUUUCAGUAUGAUGCACCUGCUCAGGGGAGAGGGGACGACUUUGAGAGACUGAAGGAGAUUGAGCAGGGAGUGAGGGACGAGGUGGAUAGGCGCGGGGGGCUCCCGACUUGGAAGAGGAUUGGGAUGGGGCAUGUGUGGCUCGUUAGGGGCAAGCCGUGGCGCGAGGACCUGUAUAGGUUUCCUAGCCAGUUGCUAAGAGUAGAGUUCGACGGGCCCGAUGUGGACCACGAGUCGCUGUACGACAUUUUGCGUCCCUACGGUCGCAUAGCGGAAAUGACCACUCCCACCCCCGUCCCCGCAGGCUCGCUCCGCUCCUCCCUUAUAGUCUUCACCCACACGCACAGCGCCACACUAGCCCGCAACUGCCUGCACGGCGUCUACGUCGCUCCGCACGCGCAUGACCUAGGAGCCAUACACGCCUUUCCCCCAGAUGGGAAACUCACGAGACUCAGGAUGGUAUACGAGCGCGCGAUAAAGGAACAUCUGAUUAGGGACUGGAUAAGUAACCACCCGAGGAUCGCCCUUCCUGUGGCUGCGUUUUUGCUCGCUACGCUGACAUACACGAUAUUCGACCCCGUACGCGCGUGGUUUGUGGAAGCGAAAGUGCUGGACUGGUUCGACUACCGAAACUACUCUGCCUUCCGUUGGCUCAGAAGGAAUACGAUUGAGCGUCUCCCGUUUGACAUGUCCGGCAACGCCCCCGCUGCCAUGCCUAGUGCUAGCAGCGCCUGGAGGGAAAGGGAGGACGCGGCGAGCGCUAUCAAAGCGUUCCUCAGCGAGCAGCCAUCGAACUUCGCCCUCGUGAGCGGACCGGAAGGCAGCGGGAAAUCAGUGAUGAUCCACCACGCACUCUCCACGGGCCAUCGGCAUGCGCUCAUCAUCGACUGUGCAGAACUAUGCAAAGCUUCGUCGGACACGGCGCUCGUCUCCGAGCUGGCGAAGCAAACUGGCUACUGGCCGGUAUUCGGCAUGUUUUCUUCUCUCAAUAACCUCCUUGACCUCGCUUCCGUUGGCCUCAUAGGCCAGAAAGCGGGUUUCAGCACCUCCGUCGAGCAGCAGAUGAAGCAAGUCCUCGAAGUGGUCGGCAAGGGGCUAGAGCAAGUAUCGAAGUACCAUAAAGCCCAAGUGGCGCGGAAGAACGAGUAUGCGCAGUGUAAGGUAGAAGAGCGCGCUUUGGAAGCGGAGAGAAAGGAACUGAUUCGUAAGGGGGUGUGGCAUGAUGGGAGGUUGGACUGUGUUGCUGGGAAUGGGGUGAUGUGCGAGCUUGGAGUGGGUGAUGAGCCGAUGCGAGAGGAGGAUUAUUCCCCUCUCCCCCCUUCUUCUUCCACCACGGCGGCCACCGCUGUUCAGCCCCAAGAAAAACAAGAAGGGGAAGAAGGGAAGAAGAUUGAGGAAGAGGUGCAGGACAUCACUGCUCUCCCCGUGGUGGUGAUGAAGAACUGGGCUCUGAAAGGAGCGAAGAAAGACCAGUUGUGGGACGUCCUCUCAGGAUGGGCAGCAGCGCUUGUCGAGAAUAAGGUCGCCCAUGUGGUGUUCGUUUCCGAUAACUCGAGUGCGCCGAAGAACCUUGCUCGGGCGCUCCCGUCAAAGCCGAUAUCGACUAUCGCACUGACGGAUGCUACGGCAGAGAGUGCCCUAGGAUUCGUUACUGAAAAGCUGAAGGAGGCGGGGGUCAAGGACGGCUUGACAGAUCAGGACUGUAUCGAAGUCCGUCGUUUGGGCGGGCGGCUAACAGACCUCGAAUCCUUCGUGUACAAAGUCCGGAAUGGCCAGACCAUCUCCGAGGCUGUGGAGGAUAUCAUCUCCCGUAACGUCGCUGAAGUGCGGAAGAACGCCUUCGGGGACGACGCGGAGGACGCGAAGAAUCUUCCUUGGACGACGGAGCAGGCCUGGAGCAUCUUCCGACGGCUGGCUAAGCAGGACGAGAUUCCAUAUGCGGACGUCCUCCUGGAGUACCCGUUCAAGGGGAACGAGACGGCGCUCAGGGAGUUGGAGCAUGAUGAGUUUAUCAGUGUUACCCAAGUGAAUGGCCGACCGCAGCGUAUCAGGGCUGGAAAACCGGUGUAUUAUUCUGUGUUCCAACGGCUCACGAGCGAUAAGAUCUUCUCCGCAAUGCAGGAUUUCUCCUACAACGAGCGGGCGAUAGCAGCAGCAGAGACGACGAUCAAAGCUGCUGAACAGGAGCUGAACACGCUUACCAACAUCGGGUUGAACACGGGCAAGGGAUGGCUUGGUGCUAGUGGGCUGGAAAGUCGGGCGGAGUACCUUUUGAAGAAGAUUCAAGACAAUGAGCGGAAGGUGGAACACUUGGAAGCGCAGAAUAACAAGUUGAAGAUGGUAUUCAAGGAGGACUAGAACGUAUGGAC